AUGGCCACAGAUGAACCACCCUUCCAGUCUGAGGAUUGCAGCACACUGCUCCUAUCUCCAGGAUAUGCCUUGCAGGUGGUCAUAUUUGACACAGAGACCCCAGAACAAUCAGUCCUAGGGGAAGCACCUAGCCUCCCACCUUGGGCCUGUUUACAGAAGAGGAAGAGAGACUGGUUCUCAGAGACUGAGGAAAAGCUGCAAGAGAAUCUGCUUGGUUUCUCUGAUGGAGGGCCUGGACUGGAGUCCUAUUUCAUGCCUCCCCCACCAGCCCAGAAGAAGCAGAAAGACAGUUCUGAUUCAGAGUCCCAAUCAGAGGCAGAGCAAGAGAAGGAUCAUCAGGGGGGCUCUGAUUCAGAUCUCAGGGGGAACCCCAACCUCCUACCUCGAUCUCCUAGCCACACAUGGAAGACGGAGUGGUCAUGGGAGUCGAAGGAGGAUGAGGAGGGGGGAGGACCCCGGUGCUGUGACUCAGCACCCAGGGUAGACAUGAGGCUCCCACCUCGCAAGAGGUGGAGACAGUAUGUGUCCUUGCUAGAUGAGGAGUCUUGGGAACAUCUAAACCCUGUGCCAUCUACACACACAGGUAUCUUGGAGAAGCCUUCUGGCCUCAAAAAGAAGAGGAAGAUGAAACACCUGUCCUCGGUGCUGCCUGAACACCAUGCAGCCUUCACCAGGCUGCUGUCGGAUCCCAUCAUCAGAAGAUUUCUGGCCUGGGACAUGAACCUCAGGGCUUCUGAUAAGUACCUCCUAGCCAUGGUCAUCGCCUAUUUUAGCUGCGCUGGACUCUUCCCCUGGCAGUACCAGAGAAUCCAUUUCUUCUUGGCACUUUAUCUGGCCAAUGACAUGGAAGAAGACAACAUGGUUGCAAAGCUGGACAUGUUCUUCUUCCUCUAUGGGAGGAACUUGGGCCAGAUUCCCAAGUUUCACAAGAUGCGCUCCAGUUUCAUCUGCUGCAUGGGCUGGGACCUGAGGGUGACAAGAGAGGAGUGUGAAGAGAUCCAAGCUUAUGAUCCUGGGCUCUGGGUGUGGAGGAGAGAUCGCACUUUCAUUCAUGAGGCCUUGGACCCUUGGGGAUAUUCACCUGAAGAAGUACACUGGAAAAUCACCACGUUUGUGGGGUCAUACAGCUUUGUGGUAGAUAACACCUCUGACAUGAAGAUUAAGAAAAGUUUCCUUGACUCCUUUUGUCAUGUGAAGAUCAUUUCUGCUAUGAACCCUGGAGGUACCCUGGAGUACCCUGGAGGUACAGAGAUCCGAUAG